AUGCAGAAUUUCAUGGAACAUGCACUUGAACAAGCCAGAUUUGCAGACAAACUGAAGGAAGUUCCAGUUGGUUGUGUUUUUGUCUACAAUGGCGAAAUCAUAGCUAAUGGAUGCAACCGAGUAAACGAGACAAAAAACGCUACACGUCAUGUAGAACUUAUCUGCAUUGACCGCGUGUUAGAGUACGCUAGAUCAAAAAGCUUGAAAUAUGAAGAAGUAUUCUGUGGUGUAACCGUCGUGGUUACCGUUGAACCUUGUAUAAUGUGUGCCGCUGCUUUGAUCAAUUUAAACGUAAAGGAAAUUAUCUACGGUUGCCGAAAUGAUCGAUUUGGAGGUUGCACCGUACUGGAUGUACCGAGUUUAUUAAAGACAGAUAUUCCAAUUAAGGGUGGCGUUCGAGCGGUGGAAGCAAUGGAACUAUUAAAGACGUUUUAUAAAGGAGAAAACCCUAAGGCACCAGUACCGAAGCCAAAAACUCACCGACAGAUUUAAUUAUUUUUUGUUUUGAUUUCAUGUGAAAGAAUAAAACAAUUGUUCCUAA